GCGGCCGCCGUAUAAAAGCCUGGCUUCUGCCCUAGCAGCUCAGACUACACAGCUGGAGGUUGCCUGGCAUCUCUAACCCCACAUCCCAGCCGACCAUGGCCAGUCCCCGGCGCGCCCCGCUGCUGUUGCUGCUGACCGUCCUGGCCAUGGUCUUGGCCGUGAGUUCUGCGGCCGGCGGGAGCCCACGGCAGGGGAAGCGCAAGUUGGGCGGCCUGGAGGAGGCCGAUGUCAACGAGGAGGGCGUGCAGCGCGCCGUGGACUUCGCCGUGAGCGAGUACAACAAGGCCAGCAACGACGCGUACCACAGCCGCGCCAUACAGGUGCUGAGUGCCCGGAAGCAGAUCGUGGCUGGAAUAAACUACUAUGUGGAAGUGGAGCUAGGCAGAACUACAUGUACCAAGUCUCAACCAAACUUGGCUGACUGUCCUUUCCAUGACCAGCCCCAUCUGAUGAGGAAAGCACUUUGCUCCUUCCAGAUCUACUCUGUGCCCUGGAAGGGCACACACUCCCUGACGAAAUCCAGCUGUAAGAUUGCUUGAGGUUUGAGCCCAGUAGGGAAGUGCAAACCACCCCUUACUCAUACCCAUUCCCUGUAGUUGCCUGUCCCUCAGAGGGGUGCUCCAUCUUUGGAGAACAUCUCUCUGGCGUGCCAGCAGUAGUAGACAGUAAAGAUGGCUACUGCAGGCAGGUUCUUCACAUCUGAAUGGCUAUCUCCUGGAUACUUUCUUCUCCUUGCUUUUGGGAUGCAAGGUAUCUGAAGGAUACAGCAUGUUCAUACCUUACUCAAUAAAAAAGUUCCUUUGGCUCCUU